AAUUCCACCAAUUGCUCCAGCUGCUCCUCACAACAGCCACCUGCGAGAGCGCAGACAUCAGUGCCCGUUGGCUUUGGCUGCCCUCUGGCAGGGAAGUCCCCGGGAGCACAGGGCUUUGAGGGCAGGAGACGGCACCACCCUGACAGCACUCGGGGUGGCGACAAAGGACUUGUCGAGAUGCAGUAAGACCUUUUUUCCUACUUCUAAAAGUUGCUAAGGUUUCUCUUGAUUUGGACACACUGCUGGAAACAACUUCUGUGGGCAAACAUGGGUUGCCGGGAUGUUCACGCAGCAACUGUACUGGCCUUCCUCAGUGGAACAGCCUCCGUAGCCGGACUCCUUGCAGCAGUUCUGCUUCCAAACUGGAGGCAAAUGAGACUCUACACAUACAACAAGAAUGAGAGGAACGUGACCGUUUACACUGGACUCUGGAUUAAGUGUGCUCGCUUUGAUGGGAGCAGAGACUGUGUGAUCUAUGACCCACAGUGGUACACUGCUGUCGAUCAGCUGGAUUUGCGUGUUCUGCAGUUUGCCCUUCCUCUGAGUAUGUUUACUGCUGUCUCAGCUCUGUUUCUCUGCAUGAUUGGCAUGUGUAACACAGCCUUUGUAUCCACCGUGCCAAACGUCAAAUUGGCCAAAUGCCUUGUGAACAGUGCAGGCUGCCACCUCGUGGCUGGCCUCUUGUUCUUGCUUGCCUGUGCCAUUUGUCUCAUUCCGUCCGUCUGGGUCAUUUUUUAUAACAAUUAUCUGAACAGAAAAUACGAGCCUGUCUUUAGCUUUGACAUCUCUGUGUUUAUUGCCAUUGCCAGCGCCGGCGGUCUGUUUUUCACCUCCAUCCUGCUGUUCCUGUGGUACUGUGCAUGCAAAAGCCUCCCUUCCCCGUUCUGGCAGCCUCUGUAUUCCCACGCCCCCAGUAUGCACAGCUAUGCCUCGCAGCCCUAUUCCACACGCUCCCGCCUCUCUACUGUAGAACUUGACAUUCCUGUUGUGACACAUUCAUCUUAAGGAGACAAAGUCUUGGAAGCUGAGCUCUUGUGCUCAUUCAAACCAUGAAAAUUGCAGGCUUGAUUCUCUCUGCUGCCCUGCACUGAGCAUAAUUCUUUUUAAGGUCAAGUUUCCUAGGGCACAAAGCAAUGGAAAUCCAAGUUCGUUGCUGUUCUGGUCUGUUUGUUACUUCUUGAACAACUUGGUUUUUUGGGGUUUUUAUUUCUUUUUUUUAACUCUAAUCUCACUACAGACGAAAUUGCUGCUAAUGCUGGGACAGUACACUAACAAUAGUAUCCCUCCAUUGUUUUGCUUACUGACAUCAAAGCAGGUUUGAACCCCUUAGAUAUUUGAUAAGCUAUUACUAGAUGCUGAUCUUGUUGUAAAACCCUUGCACCCAUGUAUUAUCCAGAUGCAGGCAGUGGAACUGAGUGCAGGAGAUUCACUGAGUCUCCUGUUCAUCUAGACACACGUAUUUUAUUAUGUGAUGUCUGAAAAGGGUAUUUGGCAGACUAAUUCAGUUCUGUGCAUGGUUCUUUUUUUUUCACUGCACACACAAAAAGCUACUCGCUUAGGAACUUCUCUAGCAGAAUUAAUGCCAAAUUACCCUUAUUUUCAAAGUAGCCAUCAGAAGGAAUAAAAUUGAUUUAACUAAGAAUGUUGUUUUGUGCUGUAAUAGCAUUUUAUGAAUUACUGGAGGCUAGAAAUUUUUUGCCAAUUUUAUUUCUAGUCUGUUUUUUACUAAGUUAGCAAAUUUGUUAGAUCUAUUUUGUGAUUAAAAAAAAAACACUAGUAUUUAAAAUUCUGUUUAGAAGCUUGAAUGUUUUAUUUGAAGGCCUUCUUAAAAAUGGAUUUUGAAGUAGGAUAUAAAGUGUUCAGUUCUGGAGAGAAGUGUCACUACAAAAUGGAUUAGGAAAGCCAUGAAGAAUUCUGAAGGCUAUGGAAGAUUCUUUUGGAACACUGUACACAAGCUAUAACAACAUCUCUCUAGGAAAGUGGUUAUAUCCCUGGGGAGAUAUUUUUUAAUCUAUUUUUUUUUAAA